AUGGAUAAGUUUGUAAUCAAAGCAACACUUGGAAAACGUGAACCAUCAAUGUUGUCAGAUGGUAUAACAAGUGAUAUGCUAGAAACUCCUAUAAAAAAAUUAAAGUUGGAUGUUGUUUCUCAAGAGGAGGACAUUUGCAAUGAAACUUAUCCUACACCAGAGUUAUUACAAUCAUCUCCUUUGAAAAAUAUUAAUGACGAAAGUUUCUACACAGAUGUAACACCUGGAACUACACCUGUCUCAGAUUUUAAAAGAAAAAAAUUAAGUAAAGAGGAAAAGGAAAUAAGAAGACAAGAAAAAGAAAAAAUGAAGAAAGAACGUGAAUUAGUUGCGGAGAAAAAAAAAUUAGAGAAAGAACGUAUUGCUAGAGAACGUGAAGAAGAAAGGGCUCGUAAGAAAAAGGAGGAAGAAGAAAUUAAAAAAAAAAAAGAGGAGGAACGGCAAGCAAAAGAAUUUGAACGCACUAAGAAACGUCAAGAAGAGGAGGAAGCCAGAAAAAAACGAGAAGAGGAAAGAUUAGCUAAGAAAAAGGAACGUGAAGAAAUAGAAGCUAAAAAGGAAAUGGAAAGGUUAGCUAAAAAGAGAGAAGAGGAAGCUAAAAAACUUGCAAAGCGUCAAGAAGAAGAGGCUAAACAAAAAAAAGAAAAAUUACAGUCAGAAAUACUGUUAAAAUUUCUUAAUAAAGCAACGUCACAGGAAAAAGAGAAGGAUGAUGAUAAAAAUGAUAAAGAUAAUUGUUAUGUUGAGAUUGGUGGGUUUCAACCUUUUUAUAUUAAAGAAGGUACAACUAUGGCUCCAAUAAAUAGGAGAGAAAUGUUAUGUGAUGAGAAAUAUGACGAUUUUUUAAAAUUUACCAUUAAUGAUGAUUAUCCAGACUAUUUAAGUCUUAUUAAAAAAAAAAGUUUUAAAACAUAUGUUGAAAAGAUUCCAAUGAAAGCUAAAUAUUAUAUGUUUGCUGAUAGCUAUCGACCUCCAUAUUUUGGAACUUUUAGAAAGAAAUCUAAGACUAUAACUGGACGGAGACCUUUCGCAAUGGAUGAUAAUUUAGAUUAUGAGGUAUUAUCUGAGAAUGAGUGGGAAGAAGAAGCUGAAGGAGAUGAAUGUCGAAGUGAUGAUGAAACAGAUGAGGAAGAAGAUUGUGAUGUUGAUGAUGACGAUGAAAAAGCAUUUUUUGUUGAACCAGGAUAUUUAUCAGAAGAUGAAGGACAAUCUGAAGCUGAUGAUAUUGGUUCAGAUAACAAAAUUUCAAAAAUUAGUAAUAAAAAAAGAGCUGAAUUUGUAAAAAAAGAAUGGGAGCAAACUAUACAAGAUAAAAAGAAAAAAACUAAAAGUAAAAAAUUAAUUCCAGUUAUUUAUGGUCCAUCAUAUAUAGCAUCAGAUGAUUUAGAUUAUAAUAAUUUACCUCCAGGUAUUAUCAGAUCUAUAAUUUUUGACUGGAGUUCAUUUAUUCAAAAAGAAGAUGAAUUAAAAAAUGAUUGCAAUGAAGUUAACUAA